AUAGAGCUCUGACAGCUAGGCGGUCUGAGUGCUAAGAAGAAGAGAGAAAGUCUGAGAGACACAAAAGAAAGACAGAGAAAGACCAAAGCCAGAGAAAAUAAAAUAUAUUCAGGUUAGGAAAGGCUAUACUUUGCAGACACUAUGAAAGGCUUUCUUUCCUUUGCAGUCCUUGCAGUCCUUUUACUGGUGCACAGCUCUCAGGCAGUCUACGUUCAGGAUGGAGACUUGAAAUUCUCCCUUGAGUCCGUGAAGAAGCUAAAGGAGCUUAUGGAUGAGAACAGACACAUUAACCCUCGCAUGGUGGUUUCAAUGGCUAGCUAUUCUCCAUGUGAUGAAAAAGAUCUCCCUGAGGAGUUCCAAUCUGUGUGCAAAAGAGAAGAUGCAUCUAUGAUUUUUGAGAGGCUGAACCUGGCUGUCCGAGAAGCUGAUUUGUGUGAAAUCUGUGCCAAUGCUGCCUGUGCUGGUUGCUUUUGAAUAAAGAUGAAACAAUCCAAAGAAGAUGUGUCAAGUCAGGAAGUUUGUGCAUUCCUACUGCAAGAUCACAUACUUUCACAAAUCAAUAUUUGGGCUCCAUCUCCACCACAGUAAAACUGGAGCUGCUAGCUCAUAUAGACAUGCCAGGGGUAGUCCUGAAGUAGUCAGAUCAGAUGCCACCAGCAGUGCAGUUAGGGCAACAAGGAGACUGUAAACCUCAUCUGAGAGGUUUCAGUUCUGCAUGAGUUGUGUCACACUGGAACGAAAAUGUCCUGGGCACAGGUUCAUUUUCCACUAUUAUGUCUGGAUUGGAACAUGAUGGGUGAAACUGAGCAGUUUCCUGCAGUCUUUUUAAUAUCUAAAUCUGCCUGUGAUUUGGACUCCCCUACACAUAACACCCCACAGCAUUGGGUUAUCUUUUCCAGCCCAUGCUUUCCAGCGUGUUGGAUAACUAUCUCACUUCCUGUAGGUCUGCAUGUGUCAUGUGUAUGUUUGUAACAGAACUGCAGCAGGUAACUUGGGCACAAGUUCCUGGUGUUUAGCAACACUUUCAUAACCAGAAAUUUCUCAGCCUGUUACUUGUACUAAUUGUUGCCAAUUUAGGGAAUGGAUGCAGAGGAGCACAGGAACACUUUCUACAUAGUUGUAUGGAAGCUCCCUUCUUUUGGCAGAUUUUCAUGUUCAUUAAGCUCUAUUUAGGAGAAAGGAAGUCCAAACUGCAAUGCUGGAAUCACUUUGAAAUUAAAAUAUUGCCUUGUGUUUUUAUUUAUUGGUGGCAAGAUUGUGAAGA